AGCGCCGGGCCGCCUGCUUGAGACUCAGACCGAACCACCUUCCUCUGCUCCCAAGACGGAGAACAAGACAGACAAGCGGACUCCGCACCAAAGGAAGGCGCUUUCCCACGAAGGCUGCGCAAAGCGAAGCCAGAUCGGACAGCAGCGACCCUCUCUCGCCACAAGGCAGUGAGAUUUUGCGAGCCCUCGCCCGGACCAGGAGCCCCUCCGCUUCCGCGCAGCUUUUGCCGCCGUCUCUGUCGCCCUGAACAUGCUGGCAAGGAUGGGACUCCUUCGAAGCUUCGCCUUGGCGCUCGUCGUCGCCCUCUGGAGCCGGGACGUGGCCGGCCAAGACUGCAGCGGGCAGUGCCAGUGCGAAUCGGCGCCCCCCGAGUGCCCGCCCGGCGUCAGCCUGGUGCAAGACGGCUGCGGGUGCUGCCGGGUGUGCGCCAAGCAGUUGGGCGAGCUGUGCACCGAGAGAGACCCCUGCGACCCUCACAAGGGGCUUUUCUGCGACUUCGGCUCCCCGGCCAACCGGAAGAUCGGCGUCUGCACCGCAAGGGACGGCGCUCCCUGUGUCUUUGGAGGCAUGGUUUACAGGAGCGGAGACUCUUUCCAGAGCAGCUGCAAAUACCGAUGCACUUGCCUGGACGGGGCUGUGGGCUGUGUGCCUCUCUGCAGCAUGAGUGUUCGCCUGCCCAGCCCCGACUGCCCUUACCCACGAAGAGUGAAGCUUCCAGGCAAAUGCUGCGAGGAAUGGGUGUGCGAUGAGCCCAAAGACAAAGAACAGACUGCAGUUGGACCUGCUCUUGCUGCUUAUAGACUGGAAGACACUUAUGGACCUGACCUUUCCAUGAUGCGUGCCAACUGCCUGGUCCAGACCACUGAAUGGAGUGCCUGCUCCAAGACUUGCGGAAUGGGCAUCUCCACCAGAGUCACCAAUGACAAUGCCCACUGCAGACUGGAGAAGCAAAGCAGGCUUUGCAUGGUGAGGCCAUGUGAAGCAGACCUCGAGGAGAGCAUCAAGAAGGGAAAGAAGUGCAUUCGUACUCCCAAGUUCUCCAAGCCUAUCAAGUUUGAGCUGUCUGGUUGCACCAGCGUGAAGACCUACCGGGCCAAGUUCUGCGGCGUCUGCACCGAUGGCCGAUGCUGCACCCCUCACAGAACAGCCACCCUCCCUGUGGAAUUCAAGUGUCCCGAUGGGGAGGUCAUGAAGAAGAGGAUGAUGUUUAUCAAGACCUGUGCAUGUCACUACAACUGCCCUGGAGACAACGACAUCUUUGAGUCGGUCUACUCCAGGAAGAUGUACGGGGACAUGGCAUAAAGCCCAAAGAGAGACUUUGAAAAACUUGACGGUCAACUUGAACUUAAUAAUUUGCAUCUCAUUUUGUAAAACGUGAUUCGAUAGCACAAGGUAUUUAAAUGUCUGCUUUUCGGGGGG